AUGGGGUUUGAAACGUUAGCCACCAUUUGUAUUAUAAUAUCAAUUGUUGGAGCAUUUAUUUAUGGUUUAGUACUUCUUAUCAAGUCUGCCAAUAAAUUAUUGAUUAUAAUUUAUGUUGUUAAUUUAGUAGUAGGAUGGUUUAUUAGCUGCUUUAAAAAUACAAUAGUUGGAGUGAUUAUAGGAUGUAUUUUAAGUGGAAUUGAUUAUUAUGUUGGAUUUUAUGCGAUCUUAUCAGAAGUUAACAAAGUAUCACUUUUACUUUUCUGGUCAGAUUUAUGGUUUGUAUUAUUUAUUAUAUAUAUUACCAUUGAACGUUAUAUCAAUGGAGAAUCAAUCUUUCAAUUUGGAUCAGAAUUUGAUCUUGGAAAUUUCAUUUCAUAA